ACAGCAGUGAGGGCUGACUUCACACAAGUCAAUACAGUCGGGAUGUAAGCAUGGCCGGGGAAGGAGAGAAGAAACCAGUGCUGGAAAUGGUCCAGGCCGAUGGAGCUGAUGAGGGCUGUGUGACAUUUGUGCUGCACGAUGAAGACCAUACACUUGGCAACUCCCUCAGAUAUAUGAUCAUGAAGACCGUGGACGUGGAGUUUUGUGGCUACACCAUCACCCAUCCGUCUGAAAGCAAGAUCAACUUUCGCAUUCAGACACGAGGGGGACUUCCGGCCACAGAGCCACUGCGGAGAGGCUUGACUGAGCUCAGUGAUGUUUGCCAACAUGUUCUCAACACCUUUGAGGCAAGGGUUAAUGAGUUUAAAGAGAAGGAGGAGCAACCUAUGGAAUGAAGAGCGUCACAUACGUUUGUCCAUGAAGCUGUCAAGACUCAAACACAAACUGUAAAAAUGUUACCUUGAUUUGUUUUUCUAUCUACAAGAAUCUCCUCAGAAUAGUCCAACCAUGUCACAUUCAAACAUUUGUAUAGUUCUUUUGUUUUUGUAUUUUGUUGGAAUUGAUAUAUGAUGUAUUAUAAAUGUGUAUGAUAAAUGUC